UAUAUAAUAAACUGAAAACCAAACUCCCAAACGAUUUUCGAUUCAACGACGGCGAAGAGAGAGAGAAGAUAGGAGAAGAGUCCAAAGCGACGCGUUUGGAUCCAUCGAAGCACCUUAAUAGUAUAAACUUCCUUUGAUCAUCUCAUCUCAUCUCAUCUCAUCUCAUCUGCACACAAUUUUCAACGUUAUUUCUUCAAUCUCUCUCUCUAGUUUCUCUCACUAGAAACAUGGGUUCAUCAUGGAGCAGCAGCAGCAACAACAACAGAAGAAGAAACAACAAUUACUGUCAAAACCCUUCUCAACUCAUUGCUUCUUCCUCUUCUUCUUCAUAUACUCAUCCUCCAUCUCCUCCGCCUCCUCAUGGCUCUGCAAAUCCGCCGCCACCGCCUCCAAUUUACUCUUCAUACUACAGCUCUGGUGGGUACAGUACGUGCAAUUACCCCAAUCCUAUGAUGGGUCGGGCCAAUUUUGGUCCCAAUUACCCUAAUCAGAACAAUGGGUGGGCUGGAAUUCGGCCUCCGAUGAUGAUGAUGGUGGGUCCGCCGCCACCGCCACCGCCGCCGCCGCCGCUGCCGCCGUAUGUUGACCACCAGCAGGCCAAGAAGGUCAGGAAUGAUGUGAAUGUGCAUAAGGAUACGUUACGGCUCGAGGUUGAUCAGCAGAACCUUGAUCACCAUUUGGUCUCCUUUGUUUUCGAUGCAUUGUUUGAUGGGAGUUUCACUAUUUUCUACUUUGCCAAGGAAGAACCCAAUUGUAGAUUUGUUCCACUAUAUCCUGAAGCCUAUAUGCCGGUUAAAGUUCCUUUCCAGAAAGGACUUGGCCAGAAAUUUUGUCAGCCUUCUGGAACAGGCAUUGACUUCAAUUUCUUCGAGUUGGAUGAACUUUCCAGACCAUCAUCAGGAGAGGAUGUGUUCCCACUUGUAAUCUCUGCUGAAACAUGCUUGCCUUCUGUUUCUACAGAAGAACAUCUUGGCAAUCCUCCACCAAGUUCGUUCCCCCAUAUGCAGAUUACUCAAGCUGUUAUACAGAGGAACAAUGAGAAAGCUUUUCAUGUGAGAGUAGUCAGGCAGAUAUUGUGGAUUGACGGGGUUCGCUAUGAGUUGCGUGAGAUAUUUGGAAUUGGAAACUCAGCUCCAGAAAGCUUCAAGGAUGAUGACCCAGGGAAUAUAUGUGUGAUUUGCAUGACUGAACCUAAAGAUACAGCUGUCCUUCCAUGUCGACAUAUGUGUAUGUGCAACGAGUGUGCAAAAACAUUGAUGCUGCAAUCAAACAAGUGCCCAAUAUGCCGUCAACCUAUUGAGGAACUCAUAGAGAUCAAGAUCAAUAGUGUCGAUCAGUGACAGACCUUUCUUCACACUAGAUCCAAUUGUAUGAUGCAACUGUUGUUAUAUUCUUUUCUGUGCAUAUAAUCCUGUUAUAUAUGUGCUUCUAGUUCUGUUAUUUUAGUCAUAUCUUCAAUUCCUUUUCUGAUCAUUGAUCACAUGGUGCUGUAUAUACAAGGGUGUGAAGUGGCCUGAUGUUCUUGCAAAGUAAUAUGGUUUGUGCCACCCAGUUAGUUGAUAAAGGUUGUUUUUUAAAUUUUGUUUCCAGUAGAACUUCUCUUUUGAAUUGCUGAAGUGCAAAUGUACUGUUAUCUUCUUGGUCUCCUCUCAUUGACACUCAAUGUCUGCAGUUCUCUAGAAAUAUAUGAUCACAUAAAUAAAGUCUUGAAACUCCUUGCUUUCCCUUUA